AUGAAGAAACUCUAUGAUAUUGAUGUGUCCAAAGUCAAUACCCUGAAAAGGUCUGAUGGAGAGAAGAAGGGGGGCUGCUGGGUAUAUGGACUUGUACUCUGCAACUGUUUAAAGGUUGCUGAAGCUGCUGCCUCUAAAGCGGCUUCCGGCAACCUAACAAACAGCAAAGACGCAUGUAGUUCUAAAAAACAGAAACCUAUCAUUCCAAAGAUUGGACCAGCUAGUCUAUUAGAUUUGCCUCUUGGGGCCAAACUGCCUAUUAUCCCAGGAAGUACUAAUAUAUUCUACACAACAAAUAUAAGUGAAAAGCUUUACCAGCCUUCUUUCGAUUUUAACCUUAAUGACCCAUAUUGUAAACUCAUGGAAACCACCUACAAAAGUCUUCAUGAUCCACACUUAAAAUCAUACUUCAAACGAAAAGACAUUCUCAAGAAACUAAGAAAGGGAGGAUACAUCACCGGCAAUAAUAAAGUUGUAUGUUCAUUAAGAGAGCUCAACAAAUACAGACAAUAUCUUACCACUUUAAAAAUUGACUUUGAACGAAAUUAUAUAAGAGAACAAAAAAUAAUAGAAAAUCAAGUAAACAAACUGAACGAAGAGAGACGGACCUGUGACAACACUGCUGCUGCUGAGUUUCAGCAGUGGUUGUUACAAGAAGGGAAAAAAGCCAGCCCUCAUCACAACCGCUUAAUUAAACUCAGACAUUUAAAUAUGAUUUAUAAAGAACUAGACAAAAUUGAGGACACCUUGGAAAGACGAAGUACACUACAGAUGAAGGAAGAAGACAGACAAUAUUGGGAUGAGGUUAGAAGAAAACUGAGUCUACGUCAACAAAUUAAAGAGGAAUGGCAAUUCAAGGAGAUGUCACUUCUGACAAAGAUCGGAGAUGAAGUAAGGAGAGAAACAAAGGUUGAAGAACAUCACCGGAAAAUCAGAGAGGAAAUUAACCGAAAGAAACAAGCAAUGCUUCAGAAAAGAAUUGCUUACCAUUUACAAAGACUUCAAAGGAAAGAUAGUAUAGAAGAAAAGCAGGAAGCAAGUGUCCCUGAAACUAGAAGACAAACUGAAACAGCUUCUUCAACAACUCAAAAGCAACCAAGUCUCACAGAGGAGAAGAAAUAUGAAGAACAUCUGGAACAAAAACGUAACUCAUCUUCAAGGGUACUGACAAGCACCUCUGAGAAACUGAUGCAAGAGUCGAGGGAACCGAAAUCUUCAUCACAAGUGACAAGAAUCAGUUUUAAUGAGAACAGAUCUUCAAUUUACGAACUAUUGGAAACAAGAUUUUCUCCAGCAGAUACAAGGAGAUCGAGUUUGCCUGAGGAUCAUACAUUUCAAGAAGAUUUGGAACCUAAACAUUAUCACCAUCCCAGUGGGAAGAAAACAAGUUUCGCUGAGGAGGCAUUGUUUUAUGAACAUAAUGAACAAAGACACGGUCCACCAAUCACCAAAAGAAUGAGUUUUGCUGAGAAAUUCAUGGAAGAUCUUCUAGAAGCAAAAUAUCUUUAUCAAAAUACUAAAAGAACAAGUUUCACCAACCAGAAAACGGUGUUAACUCCGUUGUCUUUUCUUUUAGUGACUUCAUCAAAUGAAAGAACAAGUGUUUCAGACCACAGAUUGGUUUAUGACCAUAUCAAACCAAAAUCAGCAUCGCCAAGUAUAAAGAAAACAAGUUUUGCUGGGGAGAAAUCAUUUCAACAACUUAUGGAAGCAAUAACACCUCCACAGUACAUAAAGAAAACAAGUUUCGCUGGCCAGAAAUCAUCUCAAGGAUCUCUGGAAUCCAAACGAUCAAGCCAUCAUUCUCAAAAUAGUACCAAGGCUUUUGUUAAGAAAAGUUUACCACCUCAACAGAGGGAUAUACAAAAUACAGAACUUAAGUAUGAUAAAGGAACAACACAUCAUUCACAUAACAGAGGCAUCAAAAGAAUCCCAAAACCUGCUCCAUCUCACUCUCUGCAAUCAACAGUACUUUCCAGACAAUCACAUGAUAUUCCAAAACAAGAGAUAGAUCCUUCUUUACAACAAAACACACAUAAACAGAGCAAGUGA